AUCCGCCAGUCUGCUCAGGCAGGAAGAGUAGCUCUGGGUUCCUCUGUGAUGGCGGAUGUUGCUGAUAUAGAGUCCGUGAAGAAUUAUCAAAUAGCGUUUGAGAAGAUAGACCUAAAGACCAGUCGAUAUCCGUACUGUAUUGUGUGGACACCAAUCCCAGUUUUAUCAUGGCUGUUUCCAUUCAUCGGACACAUGGGGAUCUGCACAUCGGCAGGGGUGAUCCGUGACUUUGCUGGGCCUUACUUCGUAUCGGAAGACAACAUGGCGUUUGGAAGACCAACAAAGUACUGGAUGCUGGAUGUCAGCAAAGUGUAUGCCAGUGGCACUAAUGCUUGGGACAGAGCAGUUCACGAUGCUUCAGAGGAAUACAAACACAGAAUGCACAACCUCUGUUGUGACAAUUGUCACUCGCACGUCGCCAUGGCGUUGAACCUAAUGCGCUAUGACAAUAGCACCACGUGGAACAUGGUGAACCUCUGUUUGCUCACCCUCAUUAAUGCCAAACAUGUCAGCUGUGCUGGAUUUCUAAAGACCUGGCUGCCGUUUCUUAUAUUAAUCAGCAUCACAGUGUCCUUGGCUCUGUACAUGAACCUGCGCUGAUCACACGGGUAUGAAGUGAAAGAAGACCUGAUGGAGAUCCUGGUCUGGACCAUCAAGUGGGACUCCAGUGAAUGUCAACUGGACUUCAGGGGAACAGCAAUCUCGUCCACGUGCAGAAGAGGAACUUUACACUUGAAAGCUAAUACAAUAAACCUGUUUUUUUAUAGGACAGACGGAGAAAACCAACUUUUCUUGCUGUAAAAUAAGAAAGGGUAUACUCACUUGAAAUGUCUUCUAAGGUAUAAAAUUAGUGGUGCUUUAUUCGGUCCCACAAUCAUAACCUCAGUGUAGACAAUUUAAUGCGACUAAUUUUUCUAUCUGCGCACAAACACCACAUCCACAUCCUACGUACAUAAGUUUUUUUUUUCCAUCCCUAUUGUAUGUAUCCUGUUUAUGGAAGCAUUUCAGUCAUUUUCUAUUUCUAUACAGAUUUGGUCUUUGCACUCGAUUACUAUACUGAAAUGCAAAUAUGAGGUUUAUUGUAUUUUUGAGGUACAUUUCUGAGCAAAAUGUUAAACAUACAUGGAUUCUGUCUGUAUUUCUGUGCAUGUUCUCAUUGUGUCCUUUCUGGAUUGGCUGCACUCAAUUACCCCCUCUGUGUGUGCAUGGUGCUGUAUUCGGUCUGGCAUUCAAAUCAGGAUUUAUGCCGAAAUCAUGCCCCGUGUUUCCCGGGAUAACCUCCAGAUUUCCCGUAACUGAUCAGGAUUGAAUUGAUUAUUUAAUAUUAAAGCUAUGGUUUUAUUUUUCUCAUCACUGUCACCUUUGACUUUCGGUAAAACUGCGUGUUGAUUCUGAAUUAUGUCUGUUGUUAAACGCACUAACCACUGAUGAAGCCAAACAACAAACCACCAAAAAUAUAUAUUAAUAUAUUCUUAUAUACAUGUUUGAAUCAAUUCUAAUGAGCCGAUUUGUAUUUAAAGCAGGAUUCCUUCCCAUUAAAUGACAAUUCUGGUUCAUGAUCUGUGAUGCCUCAUGUCUACAAUGGAAUUCUAAGCACAACUUUGUUCUUCAUGCAGGAGAGGAACAUCACAACUGGUUUUAAUAAAAACCCAAUAUAUUA